AGAGAAGAUUCAACCACGGCUUGUACAAAAUAAAUUGCUGUACGUACAAAAGAAAAGGAACCGCCAGGCUGUUGGUUCACUCCGGCUUAAGGCAAACACGCUGGCUGGCUGGCCAGCAUCUCUCAUCCAAUCUUCCGACGCCUACUCCUUACUGAUGCAGCGAGCGCCAAUUUUUCGUUCUCGAGUGCACACCCUCUUUAUUUCACUGCAAAGCUCUCGUUCGUACGCGUCCAAAAGUGUCAAUCCCUAUCCCUAUCCAACACAAACAAACCCUCAGCCACACCAGAUUUUCCAUCUACCGCGAGGUGCAAACCAGGAGGAUGUGAAACGGAGAUAUUAUGAACUUGUCCGAAUUUACCACCCGGACUCAGCUGUCGCUCGUCAUUAUCCCCCCGAGGAAUCGCAGGCACGAUUUCAAGCUAUUUCUAGAGCGUACGACAUACUUCGAGGAAAAGCAUCUCCUUCUGGCGAACCGGUCGAAACUACUCACAAAGUAGAUCCGAUACGAUGGUCAGCUAGGGCGCGCCGUCCUCAUUUCGACGAUACAGCUAGUGACGAGCGGUGGAAAGAGAGAGUGAUCAUGGGCGCUGUGUUGCUGACCCUGGCUGCAUUUGUCGCACAGACUAGUUGGACUCGCCAGCAGGCUAUCGCAGAAAUGUCAAAUCAUAGACGGCCAACCCAUCAAAGUAAAAAGUCGGGGAACGAUGAUGGCGCUCUUGCUGCUGCCAGAUCAAAAGAUGGAUGACUAGAAGGCAGCCCUAAAUGCAGCCAGAGAGGUCACGGUCUUUACGGCAGGCAUUGACUAUCGCACUAUCCUCCGUUUCACCACUUCCCUGAUCAAUGACCAUUGCCACGGUAUACGACGAGUGCCUCCUGCGCACAUGUACUUAUUGGUUGUCGGCAGUCUAUACGCCGUGCCCGGUUGUAUGACUUCAAUCAGUCUACCAACCCCAUU